AUGGAAGAAAGAACAAAUGUAGCUUUUUUGGGACGUUCUGGAAGUGGAAAAUCAACUCUUGCUAACAUACUAAUCAAUGGUGAUCUUUCUGGUAACAAUGUUUUUCAGAUUAACGAUUCUGCAAAGGGAGUAACCGAUAGUAUUACUUAUUUCAGUAAUAAAGAUUUUGGAGUAAUCGAUACAAUAGGGUUAGGAGAAGGAAAAUUUGGGACUACUGAACAUAGUGAAGCUGUCAAAAUUAUUAGAAAUUACUUUUCAGUACCCAAUAUAUUAUUUAAUUACAUAUGCUAUGUUAAAAAGAAGGACAAAUUUAUUGAUGAUGAUUCUAAAAAGUUUAAUGACUUUAAAGAGGCAUUUGAUGAUGGAAAAAGUAACUUUGUUAUCAUAAUUACUGAUUGUGAACAAAAAUGGGUUAAGAAAAACAGAGAAACGAUAAAAGAAUACUUUGGCAAUUAUCCUACGAUUGGACUAGAGAUUCUUAGUUCAUCGGAAGCUAUUGAAAAUAAUAUACAAAAAUUUAUCAGUUUUGUGCCAGCUAUCAAUGUAUAUUAUAAAAUAGGAUCUUCUGGUGUCUAUUAUCUUAAAGGAAAGCCAAAAAUUGCAAAACGACGGCUUAUUGAAGGAGCCUGGUGUUUG